GGGGGCGCAGCAAAUGACUGUGCCAGGCACUUCUUUGUGAUCACAGCUUCUGGAAGAGAAGAACAUCCUCACGGAGCAGCUGCAAGCCGAGACGGAGCUCUUCGCCGAGGCGGAGGAGAUGAGGGCCAGGCUUGCCGCCAAGAAGCAAGAACUAGAGGAGAUUCUCCAUGACUUGGAAUCCAGGGUCGAAGAAGAAGAAGAAAGAAACCAAAUCCUCCAGAAUGAAAAGAAGAAAAUGCAAGCGCAUAUUCAGGACUUGGAAGAGCAACUGGACGAGGAGGAAGGCGCUCGCCAAAAACUCCAGCUGGAAAAGGUGACGGCAGAGGCUAAAAUCAAGAAGAUGGAAGAGGAGAUCCUGCUUCUCGAGGACCAGAACUCCAAAUUUAUCAAAGAAAAGAAGCUCAUGGAAGACCGCAUCGCGGAGUGCUCCUCUCAGCUGGCUGAGGAGGAAGAAAAGGCCAAAAACUUGGCCAAAAUCAGGAAUAAGCAGGAAGUGAUGAUCUCGGAUCUAGAAGAACGCCUAAAGAAGGAAGAGAAGACGCGUCAGGAGCUGGAAAAGGCCAAGAGAAAACUGGACGGGGAGACCACCGACCUGCAGGACCAGAUCGCUGAGCUCCAGGCGCAGAUCGACGAGCUCAAGGUCCAGCUGGUCAAGAAGGAGGAGGAGCUACAGGGCGCGCUGGCCAGGGGGGACGACGAGACGCUCCACAAGAACAACGCUCUCAAGGUGGUGCGGGAGCUGCAGGCCCAAAUCGCCGAGCUCCAGGAAGACUUCGAAUCUGAGAAGGCUUCACGGAACAAGGCAGAAAAGCAGAAGAGGGACCUGAGUGAGGAGCUGGAGGCUCUGAAGACAGAACUGGAGGACACUCUGGACACCACCGCGGCUCAGCAGGAACUCCGCACCAAGCGCGAACAGGAGGUGGCUGAGCUGAAGAAGGCUCUGGAAGAAGAGACGAGGAACCACGAAGCUCAGAUCCAGGACAUGCGGCAGAGACACGCCACGGCCCUGGAGGAGCUUUUGGAGCAGCUCGAGCAGGCCAAGCGGUUCAAAGCGAAUCUUGAGAAGAACAAGCAGGGCCUGGAGACCGACAACAAGGAACUGGCGUGCGAGGUGAAGGUGCUGCAGCAGGUCAAGGCCGAGUCCGAGCACAAGAGGAAGAAACUCGACGCGCAGGUGCAGGAACUCCACGCCAAGGUGUCGGAAGGGGACAGACUCCGCGUGGAGCUGGCCGAGAAAGCAAACAAGCUCCAGAAUGAACUGGACAAUGUUUCAAGUCUUCUGGAAGAAGCAGAGAAGAAGGGUAUUAAAUUUGCUAAGGAUGCAGCUGGUCUUGAGUCUCAACUGCAGGACACACAGGAGCUUCUCCAGGAGGAGACGCGCCAGAAACUGAACCUGAGCAGCCGCAUCCGGCAGCUGGAGGAGGAGAAGAACAGUCUCCAGGAGCAGCAGGAGGAGGAGGAGGAGGCCAGGAAGAAUCUGGAGAAACAAGUGCUGGCCCUGCAGUCCCAGCUCACGGACACCAAGAAGAAAGUAGAUGACGACUUAGGAACAAUCGAGAGUUUGGAAGAAGCCAGAAAGAAGCUUCUGAAAGAUGCGGAGGCGUUGGGCCAGCGCCUGGAGGAGAAGGCCCUGGCCUACGACAAGCUGGAGAAGACCAAGAACCGCCUGCAGCAGGAGCUCGACGACCUGACGGUGGACCUGGAUCACCAGCGCCAGAUCGCCUCCAACCUGGAGAAGAAGCAGAAGAAGUUCGACCAGCUGUUAGCGGAAGAGAAGAACAUCUCCGCUCGCUAUGCUGAAGAGCGAGACCGCGCGGAGGCGGAGGCCAGAGAGAAGGAGACCAAAGCCCUGUCCCUGGCCCGGGCCCUCGAGGAAGCUCUGGAGGCCAAGGAGGAGUUUGAGAGACAGAACAAGCAGCUUCGGACAGACAUGGAAGACCUCAUGAGCUCCAAGGAUGACGUGGGGAAGAACGUGCAUGAACUUGAAAAAUCGAAGCGCGCCCUGGAGCAGCAGGUGGAGGAGAUGAGGACCCAGCUCGAAGAGCUGGAGGAUGAACUUCAGGCCACGGAGGACGCCAAGCUUCGCCUAGAGGUCAACAUGCAGGCCAUGAAGGCCCAGUUCGAGAGGGACUUGCAGACCAGAGACGAGCAGAACGAAGAAAAGAAGCGGCUCCUGGUGAAACAGGUGCGGGAGUUGGAGGCGGAGCUGGAGGACGAGCGGAAGCAGCGGGCGCUGGCGGUCGCUUCCAAGAAGAAACUGGAAAUAGACCUGAAGGACCUUGAAGCCCAGAUCGAGGCGGCGAACAAGGCGAGGGAUGAAGUGAUCAAGCAGCUCCGCAAGCUUCAGGCUCAGAUGAAGGAUUACCAACGUGAAUUAGAAGAAGCUCGUGCAUCCCGGGAUGAAAUUUUUGCUCAAUCCAAAGAGAGUGAAAAGAAACUGAAGAGUUUAGAAGCAGAAAUCCUUCAACUGCAGGAGGAACUGGCCUCCUCGGAGCGAGCGCGCCGUCAUGCUGAGCAGGAGAGAGACGAGCUGGCGGACGAGAUUGCUAACAGCGCCUCUGGCAAGUCUGCGCUGCUGGACGAGAAGCGGCGUCUGGAGGCGCGGAUCGCACAGCUGGAGGAGGAGCUGGAGGAGGAGCAGAGCAACAUGGAACUGCUCAACGACCGCUUCCGCAAGACCACGCUGCAGGUGGACACGCUGAACGCCGAGCUGGCGGCCGAGCGCAGUGCCGCCCAGAAGAGCGACAACGCGCGCCAGCAGCUGGAGCGGCAGAACAAGGAGCUGAAGGCCAAGCUGCAGGAGCUGGAGGGCGCCGUCAAGUCCAAGUUCAAGGCCACCAUCUCGGCCCUGGAAGCCAAGAUCGGGCAGCUGGAGGAGCAGCUUGAGCAGGAAGCCAAGGAACGAGCAGCCGCCAACAAACUCGUCCGUCGCACCGAGAAGAAGCUGAAAGAGAUCUUCAUGCAGGUUGAAGAUGAACGUCGACACGCAGAUCAGUAUAAAGAACAGAUGGAGAAGGCCAACGCCAGGAUGAAACAGCUCAAGCGGCAGCUGGAGGAGGCGGAGGAGGAGGCCACGCGUGCCAACGCAUCUCGGCGUAAGCUCCAGCGGGAACUGGACGAUGCCACGGAGGCCAACGAGGGCCUGAGCCGCGAGGUCAGCACGCUGAAGAACCGGCUGAGGCGAGGCGGCCCCAUCAGCUUCUCGUCCAGCCGGUCUGGCCGCCGCCAACUGCACAUUGAGGGGGCCUCCUUGGAGCUGUCCGACGAUGACACGGAGAGCAAGACCAGCGACGUCAACGAGACGCAGCCACCCCCAGCCGAGUAGAGCCCCGGGAAGCCCGUGGAGGCGAUACAGUGGGACACGCAGGACACCUCUCCCCCCCCCGGCCCCACAUCUGGGAAGUCGGCCUGCGCUGGGAUUCCUUACUGAGAGAUCAACCGUGUCUUAAGGCUUUCCGGCCGCCCAUACUGUAUCCCGCUUCACAGUCAAGUACAACCGCCUCCCCUUUUUCUAUAUAUACACACACGAGACCCACGCCUACUACACAGAGUCUCCUCAUUGCAUCUCUUUUGCGUAUAUUCACCGAGAGACCAUUUUCUGAUUCACGGUAAGAAGAGAACCAUUUCUCAGACCAGUGGCCAGUGGCUGGGUUACUGCGGUGGCCGCUCCGUCGCUCUGCAUGCUCUCUCUGCAGACAGGUCACCCCGUUCUGCGUUCGUGUGGCCCCCGCCGCCUCGGCCACACCGAGUCUCUUCGAACAUUGUGGAACCUCGACUGCACUUGUAUCUCCCCGUAUUUCCUCCGAGAACGAUCAACACUCUUUCAGUGAGCAAACUGUGAACGGGGCUGUGGCAAGAUGAGGAGGGGUGGGCGGCACCGGAGGGAAGCCGUGUCCCUUUGGGGUCGCCCUGCCCCUCUCCCUUGAGCUGGUGGUGUCCUCGGCCAGGGCCGGCCUGUGCGCAGAAGGGACGGGCGGCCCCGUGAGGCCACCGCCGUCCCGCGGGCCCCGCGCCCUCUGGCUUGGCUGACCCUCGGGGGGGUCCACAGGAAGCCCUCCGUCUCCAGCCAGGCUCGCACGCUGACCUUGCAAAUUCAGCCACCGCUUUGAGCCCAAAAUGGCAAUCUCGGUUUUGUGUCCCAGACUUAUUCCAAGGUGGUCCGGGAGGCUGACGGAGCCUCCGGAACCGACGUCAUCUGCCUGAAUGUUGACAUGCCAGUGGACUGAGUCCUUGUUCCUUUCUCCUUCCUUGCCCUUGGACAGUGUUACAGUGAACACCUAGCAUUCUGUUUUCGGUUGAUAGUUAAGCAAACUGACUUUACAGAAAGUGCCUUAGACACUGCAGUACUAAGAACGUUACAUCUAUGAUCUGCCUCUGUAACAAUGUAAUGUAUGAGUUCUGACUGUGCUUCUUAUCAUGUACCUCUCUAGUCGAAGUGGUAUUAUAAACAUUCAGUGACAACGAAUCAGUGUUAAUUAUAAAUCCUUGAUCCUCGGCAACGUGCUUGAAAACACAAACCUUUUGGGUUAAAAGCUUUAACAUCUGUUAGGGAGAAUCUGUCAUGUGGGUUUGGAAUCUUUGGGUUUUCCCCCUUGAUGAACUGCACUGGCUGUUGACCACCAGACACCUGACUGCAAAUACCUUUUUUCUUGUAUUCCCAUAUUUCUAGACAAUGAUUUUUGUAAGACAAUAAAUUUAUUCAUUAUAGAUAUUUACGCCUGCUCUGGUUACUUGGAGGAAAAAGCACCCGUUGAGAAUAAACAGACCUCAAUAAACAAGAAUAAUCACGUGAA